AUGGAUGACUUCUCAAAUGUGUCUUCUGUUUUGACACUAGAAGGCUUCGAUCUCCCCCCUGAAAGUGCCUUUGCCGCAUUUAUUUUUGCCACAUUGAGCUAUAUAAUCAUUCUCUUCUGUAACCUGGUCCUGAUUCUCACCAUCGUCCUCAAUAGGAGUCUCCACCAGCCCAUGUACCUUCUGCUGCUAAACCUACCCAUCAACGACCUUAUAGGCUCCACGGCCCUCUUUACACAGGUCAUCAAAGAGCUUUUACUUGACACAAGGACCAUUCAAUACUCUGCUUGUGUCACACAAGCUUUCUUUAUUCAUGUCUACGGGACGGGAGCUGUGUUCAUUCUCACCGCUAUGGCCUAUGACAGAUAUGUUGCCAUAUGUUGCCCUUUGAGGUACAACACAAUUAUGACCAACGCUCACAUCAUGAAAAUCAUCACACUGAUAUGGGUGUGUGACUUGAUUUUGAUGGGGGUGCUGUUUUUCCUGCUGCUACGGUUACCACGCUGUAGAUCUCUGAUGGCACAUUCCUACUGUGACAACCCCUCCCUGUUGAAACUGGUCUGUGCUAACACAGCCAUCAAUAACAUCUAUGGACUCUUCAUUACUGCCCUCAUGCAGGUCAUAGUUGUUUGGACCAUUCUCUACACUUACCUUCGGAUACUUGUCACGUGUUUCAGAAACAAAGGAUCAGCCGACACUAAAAGCAAAGCUCUGCAGACUUGUGCUACACAUUUAAUUGUUUUUCUCCUCUUAGAGUGUUUAGGGCUUCUCACUGUUAUUUCAUACAGACUGAGCCAAUUUCCCCCGCAAUUACGGAGACUCAUAGGAGUUUCCACAUUAAUUUUCCCCCCAACUUUAAAUCCAAUCAUAUAUGGUCUUAAAACAAAGGAUAUCAGAGUAAAAGCAAUGCAUUUCUUGCGGACAAAGAUCUUUCCAUCCUAGGCAAUGUUUUCAAUAGUAGACAUGGAUUUGAAGAGAACCACUACAUAAUUUAUCCAACACUAUACAAAUUGUUGACAUUUGUCACGAUUUAGUCAGUGCAGUUGUAUUUUGGCUAUUUUGCUGUAUUUUACAGUCUGGCAGCUUGAUGUACCAAUUGUUGUUAUCUUUAUCUUUAUUACUGUAAAUGUAUCACUUGUAUCAAGAAAUCACUCACUUGAUUUUAAAUUAUAUAAGAGCCAUUGAUGGGUUCCAUUAAUUUUCGGCCCUAGGACGCUAAUGUUAAUCGGAGACUGAUUUAGUUGGAACAAACGAAAUAACCCCACAAAUACACUUAAAAAUGGUCUGGGUCAACCAACAACAGUCAAUGUAAGUAGAACAUCAUAUUUUGAAUGAACUAGUAAGGAUGUUUUAGGCCUGUGUGUUUUGUGGAUUGUCAAGGUUUCACAAGACAAUGUCAAUCAUGCCGUCAAUGGGAAGAUCUUAAUUGCCUACUCCUCGCGUC